AUGUCGCCGUCGAAAACCAUAAACUUCUGGUUGAACUUUGUCUUGUGUAUCUUUGCAAUACUGUGUAUGAUUGACAAUUUGUCCAUCGCGGUGACCGCGCGACAUCUACCGAGUUCCGAAGAGAUGACCUACGACGGAGAACAGCAACAGCAUUCGGAAAUGGAGAAGAAAAAUUUGGACAGGCUUUACAUCAGCAAUGAUUUGGAUUUCAUUCGGCGCAUUCUGGCCAGAAAGCUUCAAGGUGGCUAA